GCUGUACAAAGAAGGGGAAAAAACACAGAUUAACUCUGAGGAAUCUGCUGCUACAAAUGUUCAGCACCCUGCUGUUUGAGUAGGGGGUGACACAGGGUGAGAGAUGGAAAGAGUUCAGCACACAAACAGGGGUCUUGUCUAAAUUGACCCUCCUCCUCCUCCUCUUCCAUCCUGUUUACCUGCUUGAAGGGCUUGAAAGGAGCUCUGUGUGUGUUCAUUUAUGACGAAGGGGGCAGGGAGAGUAGAAAAAGGGGGACGGCUGCCUCUUCACCUCCUUCUCAGAGUCGACAAAAAGGGAAUCAAAAGCUACGCAGGACCUUCACCAAGCAUUAAAAAAAGACUUUUGCAUCACAUACAGACAUGGCUUGUAAACUCUGGUUUGUACUGUCAGUGUGGCUUUUGUUGGCACCUUCAGAAGCUGGAAGGCAGAUGCCUAAACUCUCGGACAAGAAACUCUGCGCUGACUCUGAAUGCAGCCAUCCCAUCCUGAUAGCUCAAGCACUGCAGGACUACUACCCUGGAGACUGCAGGUUCAUCCCCAUCAGACAGGGGCAGCUCGUCUAUGUCUAUGCAAUGCUAAAAGACAGAGGGAACCUCUUCUGGGCUGGCAGCGUACAAGACUCCUACUAUGGACAGCAGGAAGCUCGUAUUGGCCACUUCCCCAGCAGUGUAGUGGAGGAGACUCACGCUCUCAUGCCAGCCAGCACUGAAGUCAAAACUACUAAAUGGGACUUCUACUGUUACUGAUGUUGCCUUUACAAAGACAGAGUACAGCUUACUUGCAAGACAAUCUUUGUUGAUAUCAUAUGAAAUUGAUAUGAUGACAGUAUACAUUAUAUGCACAUGCAUGCACCUGAUAUUCUGCACUUUAGAGAUGUCAACAAUGACUCACGCAGCAUUAAACAAUU